AUGGAAAAUACGAACGAGUUCGAGCACUUCGACGUGGUUUCAGACGAUUCAGAUCACCACUUUGGAGGUUCAAACAACGGAAAAUGCUUCAACGAUUCGAAGAGUGAAGUGCAGAAAAGCAUCGUGAAAGAGUGGAAGAUUCUGGAGCAGAACUUGCCGGACUCAAUCUACGUGAGGGUGUACGAGCGACGCAUUGAUAUGAUGAGGGCUGUGAUCGUAGGCGCCGCGGGCACACCGUACCACGAUGGUCUCUUCUUCUUCGACAUCAUGUUCCCUUCGGAUUAUCCGAGAAACCCUCCGAAAUUGUAUUUCCACUCGUUCGGGUACCGACAGAACCCAAACCUCUACAAAAAUGGGAGAGUGUGUCUGAGUCUGUUGAACACGUGGCACGGGAGAAAGAAGGAGAAGUGGGACCCAUCCGAGUCUACGAUGUUGCAGGUUUUGCUCUCGAUUCAAGCACUGGUUUUGAACGAGAAGCCGUUUUUCAACGAACCUGGAGCUGUGCCCUCGGAGAAGAAGUCACGUGCGUACAACGAGAACGUGUUCCUUAGUACCUGCAUCACCUCCUUCCACCUGCUUCAGCGGCCGCCGCGGAACUUCGAAGCCUUCGUCGGUGACCAUUUUCGCCGCCGGGCGUUUCCGAUUCUCGCCGCCUGCGCCGCGUACGCGAGUGGGCGCGUGGAAGUUGGCUAUUACGGUUGUGAGUUGCGUGUUUCAAUGGUGCAAGUUUCGAGGAGUUUCAAGGAGCGGAUGGUGGUGCUUUACCCUAAGCUUCUCGAAGCGUUUCGAAGGAAUGGCGCUUCUUUGGAGGGUUUGGGGGAGCAGUUGGAGGUGGCGAGUGAAGAAUCUGAAAACAAAAACGGUGGAAAGAAGAAGCAAUGGAGAAACAAAAGCAGGGGAGUCUUGAAGAAGAUUGUGGAAAAGAUCAAAAAGGCUUUCAGACGGAACAAAAUUGGGAAGUCUUGA